UCGCCCCCGACGGAGGAGGAGGCCGGGUCCCGCUCUCCCGGCCUGCGGCGGGGGCCCAAGAACCAUCGUGCGAGCGAGGAGACGGCGGCGGUGCCGCUGGAGGAGGCCGAGCACCAGUGGCUGGUGAUGGCGGCCGGCGGGCAGUGGACGCAGCAGCUCCACGGGCUGCUGCUGGGCGACGCCAGCUUGGCGGCCCGCAGGGAUUUCAUCUCGGGCUUCACCGCCCUGCACUGGGCCGCCAAGAGCGGCAACUGCGACAUGGUGACCAAUAUCAUCAGGGCGGCCGAGAAGGGGGGCGCCCGCGUCAACGUGGAUGCCAGGUCGCACGGCGGCUACACGGCGCUUCACUUGGCCGCCAUACACGGCCAGGAGAAGGUCAUCACCAUGCUGGUGUACAGCUACCACGCCAAGACCGACCUGAGGGACUACAGCGGGAAGAAGCCGCACCAGUACUUGAAGGAAGGGGCCUCCUCGACGGUCAGGCGCUUGCUGGGGGACCCCAGCCUCUCCCACAGCAUGGAGCCCUCCGUGCCCAUCAAGAAGAGCACGAAGCUCGCGGCUUCAAUCUUGAGCUCCACUAGCACUUUCCUGGGGGUCAUAUCCGAUGACAUGGCUUUCUACGACCUCACCAAAGGGCUGAGGAAGCCCUCAUCCUUAAACAAGCUCCUGGCAGCCACUACAGGCCCGAGGAGGAAGCCAAAGACCAGAGGGGGCUUCCCUUCAUAUUCUUCCCUCUCCGAAGUAAUGGAGGAGGAGGAAGAGGAGGUCAUCGUGAAACGCAGACCCGUUUCCGAGCUGUUCUUUGGCCACUAGCCUCUGCCUUCUCGGGAUGAAAAUUGUUUAAUAAUGUGACUGAGGGUCUCGAUAUUUCUCUCACAGGAGCGGCUUGGAUUUCUUCUCUCCGUGUCUGUCUGUCUGGAUGUUUGACUAAAUGGGUGGUAGGGUCUGGCUCCAAAGGCCACUGGGUGAAACGCGGCUCACAGCCGCCUGUGGGGAGCGUUACAGUCGCUGUAUGUACUGUCGUGCCGGUGUAUCGAUGGAGACCACCAACUUUAGACUUAACGGUUGAAAAACUGAACCUCUGUGUGUGUGUAGACAGGUUAAAAUGCUUAAGGUACAGCCUUCUCAAUUAGUGUUCCUCGGCUGGAGAGCAGAAGUAAGGUAAAGAAUUGCAUAUUCUACACUGUGAACAGCAAGCUGGUAGCUGGCUACUUUAACAUGGCUUGUUAUAUAGCAGGCUUAAAUUAUUAGAGGAAAGACGACUAGUUUUCUAUGAUGUUUCUGAUUAUUUUGGUAACAGAAGAGGAAUAUUUCUAUUUAAGAAAAACGGUGUACUUUUUCAUAACAAAGUUUCUUACUAUCAGAAAUACUAACAUAACAAUCUCAAUUGUUGCCUAACACAUUUUAAAACAGUUUUAAAACAACAAAAACCCAACCCUCAGCACUCAAAUCACCAUGACCUGUCUACCUCAGUUUGAAAGCUAGGUUAGAAUUUUAUUUUUUUUUUCUCUCUUCCUGAAAGACUUUUUGACCAGGUGGUACUAACCACGUGUCUUGAUGAUACUGUGAACAUUUAAACUUGACUAUAGUUCAAUCACUUAAUCUGAAUAAAAAACUUGUUGGUAUUUGAUAGUGAAAACCUGAACUGAAAAAACGGGAAUGGGACCCUGCAGAGUUUCCGAGUAGCCAACUGGAAGCAAAGUUAGGUUUGUAUAUCUGAUUCUGUUUAUUUAAAACUUGGCCUUUGAUUUUGACCUAUUUACAAUAAAUAUUUAUGAAAUUGGGCUUUAUGUUAUGUUAAGUGUUUCAUGAUAGAAUGUCUGCAUGACCUCUUAAAGCAAUGUUGAUCUCAACAGCAUGGAUCCUUGACCUAAAACUAACUACUCUUCUUCUUUUACAUUCUAAACAAAGUUGUUCUCUAUAUAGAACUACAUGUAGCUCCAACAAGCAUGCUAACUGCAGGUUAAGUGAUACAUUUGCAGUGAGAUUAUUAUUUUUUUAAUUACUGUUGGGUUAAUGCAAAGAUUUGGCAGAGCUAAGAGCAGAAACUGCCUGACUCCUGAGGCCAGUCUGCUAAACCGUCACUUCUUCCCUCAGACUGUACCUCACAAAGCGGUACAAUUCAGGGGUGAUGAAGGUGAUGGCAAUACUGCCCUUGCUCUGCUUUUCAGCCCCGUCAGGUGUUUCGGUUUCCGUACUGAAACACUUGUUUGCAUGCUUUACCUUUCUUUCCGAGUCAGUGACUUCAGGAGUGUUUUGUUCGGCCUUGAACGAAGCCUAGUACUUCUAAUUGGCUGUAAUUGGCUUCUCCCAAACGCUGGGCAAGGAAUGCGGUAGGACUGUGGGGAAGGCGGAGGCACUGCCCUCUUUUACUUACAAACUUCUCCCCGAAGUCCCUGGAGCUGGUGACAUUCGUUGUGAGCGUAAUCAGCAGUCGCAGAGGGGUCUGAUCCACCUGUUCUCAGAACAGACUGGAUUAUUCUGCACUGGUCUGCUUCUGUAUCGAACUCAUUAAGUUAUUAAGCAAAUGUUAAUGAUCAAGCACCUCAUGACUUCUCUAUCUGGAGUAGGGCUUUAAAAAAAAAAUAAAAUCCUAUUUGCUCUAAUGCUGUCGGUGUGACCAUUGACCAGCGUGGCCAUUCGACACCUCCCUUUGUGCUGCACUGCGUCAGCACGCAGAGGCCCAGGAAAACAGUAAGUCUGACACUCUGUUUUAAAAAGGCUUUCCGCCUUUACUGACACCAAACGCUUUUUCUCUGUAUUUACUGAGACUGCAGAAGCACGCGUGUGUGUUCGUGUUGUGUCUGAGGCCCUGCCAGCACUGAUGCUGCUGGGUACAAGCAUCCUGUUUCCGUGUGAGUUGGAAACACUCCCCAGUUUGACUCGGCCUUAUGGGGAAGUUUGUUAGUUAUGGCUGUUAGCUUGAUACCUGUUCAAAUAACAUAGCUGAAUGUUUUACUGCUAGUUCUGAGUAAAACCUACUUGAGUCGGAGGCAA